AUGGCCAAGUACACGGUCCGCGUGGCCACCGGGGCCUCCCUCUUGGCGGUGCCCGGCAACCGGGUGCAGCUGUGGCUGGUGGGCGAGCACGGGGAAGCCGACGUGGGCAAGCAGCUGCGGCCAGCAAGUGGCAAGGAAACCAAGUUCGAGGUCCAAGUCUCCCAGUACCUGGGGCGCCUCCUGCUGGUGAAGCUGCGCAAGCACAAGGUCCUGCUGGAUCUGGACUGGUUCUGCGAGCGGAUCGCAGUGGAGGGUCCCGGCGCCCGGGGCGAGGCGCUCUUCCCCUGCUACCGCUGGGUGCAGGGCGACGGGGUGGUCAGCUUGCCGGAGGGCACCGCCCGGACCGUGAGCGACGACCCCCAAAACCUGUUUAAGAAACUCCGGGAGGAGGAGCUCGAGGACAGAAGGAGGGUGUACCGGUGGGGCGCCUGGAAAGAUGGGUUAAUUCUGCCUGUCGCGGGGAGCACGCCGUGGGAUCUACCCAGGAACAAGCGGUUCCGCGAGGACAAAGAUUUAGACUUCUCGCUCUCUCUGGCCAAAGUGCUUAGGGACUUGGCGGUCAAGGGAACUCUGGAUAUCACAAAAUGUGCAAACAGCCUGCAAGACUUCGAAAGAAUAUUCCCUCAGGGAAAGACUGCCCUGGCUGAGCGGGUUCGUGAAUGCUGGAAGGAUGACGCCCUCUUUGGGUACCAGUUUCUCAAUGGUGCAAACCCCAUGCUCCUGAGGCGGUCCAAGCGUCUCCCAGCCCGCCUGGUGCUGCCCCCAGGGACAGAAGACUUGAGGACAGAGCUGGAGCGAGAACUCCAGGCUGGAUCUCUGUUUGAGGCUGAUUUUUCCCUGCUGGAAGGGGUCAAGCCUAAUGUCAUCAUUUUUAAGCAACAAUAUGUGACAGCCCCGCUGGUAAUGCUGAAGCUACAGCCUGAUGGAAAACUUUUACCCAUGGUCAUCCAGCUCCAGUCACCUCGUCAUGGAUGCCCCCCACCUAUGCUGUUCCUGCCUUCGGAUCCCCCCAAUGCUUGGCUUCUGGCCAAGACCUGGGUCCGUAGCUCUGAUUUCCAGCUGCACCAGCUACAGUCACAUCUGCUGAGGGGACACCUGAUGGCUGAGGUUAUUGCUGUGGCCACAAUGAGGAGACUGCCCAGCCUGCAUCCUAUCUACAAGCUCCUGAUCCCCCACUUUCGCUACACCAUGGAGAUCAACACCUUGGCCCGGAGUACUCUUGUCUCUGAAUGGGGAAUUUUUGAUCUGGUGGUGAGCACUGGUAGUGGAGGCCAUGUGGACAUUCUCCAGAGAGCCACAGCUGGUCUGACCUAUCGUUCCUUCUGCCCGCCUGAUGACCUGGCUGACCGUGGGCUCUUGGAUGUGAAAUCUUCUUUCUAUGGUCAAGAUGCCCUCAAACUGUGGGGAAUCAUCAACCGGUAUGUGGAGAGGAUGGUUGGUCUUUUCUACAAGAGUGAUGAAGCUGUGAAGGAUGAUCCAGAACUGCAAGCCUGGUGCAGAGAGGUCACUGAGGUUGGACUUCAGGGAGCCCAGGAUCGUGGGUUCCCCAUCUCCUUAGUGUCUCAGGCCCAGCUCUGCCGCUUUGUCUCCAUGUGCAUCUUCACGUGCACUGCCCAGCACGCUUCUGCCCACCUGGGCCAGCUGGAUUGGUACGCCUGGAUCCCUAACGGCCCAUGUACCAUGCGGAAACCCCCUCCCAUCACCAAGGAUGUGACAGAGAAGGACAUAGUGGACUCGCUGCCUAAUCUCCAGCAGGCCCGUAUACAGAAGACCUUCACAAAGUUCCUAGGCAGACGCCAACCUGUCAUGGUAGCCUUGGGGCAGCACAAAGAGGAAUAUUUCUCUGGUCCUGAGCCCCAAGCUGUGCUGAAGCAAUUCCAGGAGGAGCUGGCUGCCAUGGACAAGGAGAUUGAGGUCCGGAAUGCAGGUCUGGACCUGCCCUAUGAGUACCUUCGACCCAGCAUGGUGGAGAACAGUGUGACUAUCUAA